UUUGCUCUAUUUUGCCCUGUUUUACCCUAUUCUAUCCUAUUUUACCAUAGACUUAUUAUAUACUGUCGUAUUUUACCAAUAUUUACUUUUUGUAAUUUAUAGAAGUAAAUUAGUCACUUUUUAACCAGCAGUUUUCUUGUAAACAUGUCGGAUAGAUUGAAGAGCACAAACAACAUUUCGAACGAAGAAGUAAUAGAUGAUUUAACAAAAGAUUUGGAGUUUUCCCUGCGCACAGAGGGGCAGGAUGACUGCCCAGUUAACCCAAGUCACAGCUUAAGCGACUUUGAGCCACCGAGAGAUUUACCUGCAGAGAAUCUAACGGCCCAUCAGUACAGCGACAAUGAGACAGAAUUAGACAAGAAAUAUGAAGCCAGUGACAAAGAUGAGAGUGAUGAUGAUUCCAUCGAUGAGGUGUCACUGAAGGAUGCAGAGAUGGACCUGACUGAUGAUCAGAAGGCGGAGAGACAGAUAAUUGCUGAGCAGUUAAAAGUGGCAGGAAAUGAAGCUUUCAAGGUCGGAGAGUAUGAGAGGAGUAUAGAGAAAUAUACAGAAGCACUCAAAGUAUGUCCCCUGCAGUUCUCACAGCAACGUUCAGUUCUGUAUUGCAACAGAAGUGCGGCAAAAAUGAAGAUGGAAAAAUAUAAAGUGGCCAUCAAAGACUGUUCUAAGGCCAUUGAACUGGAUGACAAAUAUCUGAAAGCGUACUACAGGCGAGCACAAUCUUAUGAAGCCACAGAGAAAUUGGAUGAGUGUUUGGCAGACUACAAGAAGAUACUUGAACUAGAUCCAUCCCACAAAGAAGCCUCCAGCGCUGUAGUACGCCUGCCUCCUCUAAUAGAAGAGAGGAACGAAAAACUAAAAACAGAAAUGCUCGGAAAGCUAAAAGAUUUGGGGAACAUGAUUUUGAAACCGUUCGGACUGUCAACCGAGAACUUCAAAUUGGAACAAGAUCCAGAAUCAAAAGGCUAUAAAAUUAAUUUUAAACAAUAGUUUAAUGCUUACUCUCUAAGGUUACUUGUGAUAUUGUAAUAUAUUUAAGGUUAUAUUAUGUGAA